UUGGCCGUGCCGGGGAGGCUGCCGCGGCCGCUCGUCAUGGCCGCCCUGCAGUUCGGGGCCGGGAGCGCCGCUGACGAGGUUACGGCGGGGGCUGGAGCCGGGGCGCCGCCGGCCUUGGCAUUGCCCGGAGGGAGCAGCCUCGGGACGGCGGAUUCAUUUCCCAAGGAUUUCGGCUACGGGGCCGAGGAAGAAGAAGACGACGACGACGACAGGGGCGACGGGGACGACGACGACGACGGGGUCGAGCUGGGCGGCGGCGGGGUCGGUGGCCCUGGCGGCGGCGGCUGUGGACUGGGCUCGGGCGGCGGCGGCGGCGGCGGCGGCGACUCCUCCAAGCAGCCCCGUAUCCUGCUCAUGGGCCUGAGGCGAAGCGGGAAGUCCUCCAUCCAGAAGGUGGUGUUUCACAAAAUGUCUCCUAAUGAAACCUUGUUUUUGGAGAGUACCAACAAAAUCUAUAAGGAUGACAUUUCUAACAGCUCCUUUGUGAACUUCCAAAUAUGGGAUUUUCCUGGACAAAUGGAUUUCUUUGAUCCCACAUUUGAUUAUGAGAUGAUCUUUAGAGGAACUGGAGCCCUCAUCUAUGUUAUUGAUGCACAGGAUGACUACAUGGAAGCUUUAACCAGGCUCCACAUUACAGUCUCUAAAGCUUACAAAAUCAAUCCAGAAAUGAACUUUGAAGUUUUUAUUCAUAAAGUUGAUGGCUUGUCAGAUGACCAUAAAAUAGAAACUCAAAGGGAUAUUCAUCAAAGAGCCAAUGAUGACCUUGGUGAUGCUGGCCUAGAAAAACUUCAUCUUAGUUUUUAUUUGACCAGCAUCUAUGAUCAUUCAAUAUUUGAAGCCUUCAGUAAGGUGGUGCAGAAACUCAUCCCACAGUUGCCAACAUUGGAAAACCUGCUAAAUAUCUUUAUAUCGAAUUCAGGAAUUGAGAAAGCUUUUCUCUUCGAUGUUGUUAGCAAGAUCUAUAUUGCAACAGAUAGUUCCCCUGUUGACAUGCAGUCCUAUGAGCUAUGUUGCGACAUGAUCGAUGUAGUCAUUGAUGUUUCCUGUAUAUAUGGGCUAAAGGAAGAUGGGAGUGGAAGUGCUUAUGAUAAGGAGUCUAUGGCAAUUAUCAAACUCAAUAAUACAACUGUUCUGUAUUUAAAAGAAGUGACAAAGUUUCUGGCCUUGGUGUGUAUCCUUAGAGAAGAAAGCUUUGAACGCAAAGGUUUAAUAGAUUACAAUUUCCACUGCUUCCGCAAGGCCAUCCACGAGGUCUUUGAAGUGGGCUUUUCCUCCCACCGAUCCUGCGGCCAUCAAGCAAACAUCCCUGGCCUAAAAACAGUGACUCAUAACGGCACUCCUAGAAAUGCAGUCUAGGGGAACCAAAUCUGGAUGACCAACUGUUUGCCUGCCCCAUGUCUCUGUGUUGGAAUGGGUAGCACAGAGAACUGUGUGCAUCCUGCAAGAGGAGAGACUUCGUCUUGUGGAGGCAAUUCAUAGCUGGUGUGGGACGAGUGAAAUGGCUGUUAAGAACUUGGUGACUGAGAGUAGUGGCUUCAGUCUUCUUAUUCAGACAUCUCUCUUCAUAUAAAACAGGGUAUAGGUUAUUUGGAAGUAAGCUGCAUUGACACUUGCUUAGCAUUGUUUUCAAACCUCACCAGUUUCAAAGACAGCGACUUUCUGCAGAGGUUCAGAAACUCAAACAUUACAGCUUGUAACUUAGUUUAGUACAAUCUCAAACAUUCCACGUGAUCCUUUUGUGGUAACAUCUGAAAAAUAAUCCCAUAUUUUGUAACAUCCCCCCAACAUAUCCAUCGAGUUUUCCUUUCCUUUGUUUUUGAAUCUUAAUUGGUAACUUUACCUUUGUUGUUCAGAAUUCAUUUAGCGCAAUGCUUGUCCUGUAUUCUCAAGCUUGUUGACAAGCCAAUUAACAAGUUGCUGGCAACAGUUUCUGUACUUGUCCUUGAAGCUGCUUUUUAUAGAAAUGAUUCAAAUUUUGCCCAGCCAUGGCUAUUUCCUUGGUAGAGGGUUGUAUUUUCUUUCUUUCUUUCUUUCUUUCUUUCUUUCUUUCUUUCUUUCCAUGUUUCAUUUUUGAAAUCAUGUGACUGCAUAAAGAGGUGUGUUUGCUUGUUUUUUGUAAAAUGUGGUGUGCAAAUUUGGCAAAGACCGUGCGUCCUGAAUUUCCAUUGCUAGAUUUUACAAUAGCUCACCGCUAGGCAGGGAAGCUCCUUCGCCUCAAGGUUAGCAAGAUACAAAAGCUUCCCUGCACUUGUACAUUUUCAAUAGGAUGAAAGCUUGUAUCUCCUGUGGGAACCUUCCUUUGUGGGCUUGUGAUCAUGGUUUUUAGAGUUGUUAGUUGCUUUUCCAGUUGGGAGACAAAACUUCUGUGUUUCAAAGCCUCAGGUCCUGUUAAGUUAUCCAAAUGCCAGUGAGAAUGUGCUGAAUGUUUAACCCGUUUGCUAGUGCUUUGUGCAGCUGAAUGUUCUUACAGAGUGUAUUGUUGAGAGGGGGAGGGGGCUUUCAUGGGAUUCAUUUCUCACUAAGCUGCAUUAAUAAAAAUGCAUCGAUCGCAGCAAA